UCUUUAAACCCGCGAAAAAAGCAAAAAGCCUUCCAAAUCAAAAAUCCAAAGAGUUAAAAAGGCAUCUGAAGAACCCUGGAACUGGAACUAACUGUUCUGGAAGGCGACGAGCUCAAAUGGAGCCCAUCAAAGCAGCCAACGAACUCCAUUUCCGCGUCGGGUUCUCCGGCCACAGUGGCCACCUCAGGCUCGACCCUCUCUCUUCCCUUGAGCGCUCCGAUCCUCUCAAAUCUCUUCCCGAUUUCAUUUCGUCACCUGCGUUUCCCAAGGAAACACCUGAAUCAAUAAAAUCUUAUGUAGAGGAGACUUAUCUCUCGCCAAGGUUGGAUUCUGAGUUAUUUUCACCUGAAAAAGCGGGGAGGCAAUGGGAUUUUGACUGGUUUGACAAGGCAAAUGUCCCACUGGAGCCUUCAAUACCGCGGUCUGUCAUAAUACCCAAGUGGGAAUUACCGUUCAGACGUCGAAAAAAGGGAUCAGAGCAAGGAAAAUGGGAGCCCAGAUCAGUGCAGGUCGAUGUAUCAGAAAUAACAGUAGGAGCUCAAGAAUCUGGUUCAUUACCACGUGUGACAAAGGAUUUCAUUAGAGGAAGCAUUAGCAACCGCCCUUUUCGUCCUGGCGGUUUAGAUGAUUCCCAAUCCUUAGAAAGAAUCCUUCCUGAUGGUGCUACCAAUGGAGAAUGGGUUCGUGAACUUCUACGUGGUGGCCCUUCCCAGACUAUUCCCCCAGGAUUUAAGCAAGGUUUAGACCUGGGUGACAUCAAGGCAUAUCCAUGUGAAUGGAGUGUCUGCAAGGAUCAAAGUUCGCCAAAGAGUAAAUCCGACAAUAAGCUGAAUGAAUUGUCUGUACAGUUUGAUGACUUAAUCAAAAAGGCUUGGGAAGAGGAUGUCACUGAAUUCGUGGAAGAUGUUCAUUUGUCAGAAAAGGAAUCUGUUAAGUCAGAACCUGAAGCAGAGUCUAUUAAAUCAGAAGCAGAAGCAAAAGAGUUGGAUGCACCCAGUGAUGCUUCUAAUACUGAAUUAUCUGCAUUGGAUGAGAUUCUAUUAGUUGAAGCAGCAGAAUCAAAAGCAAAAGAUCAUAAUGGCGGUGGUGAGGACCAGAAGGAGGUCUGGGCUGUUACUGGAGGCAGUGAAUGGACUUCACGUCGUUUUCAUGAGCUUGUUCCUGACAUGGCACUUGAUUUUCCUUUUGAAUUGGAUGCAUUCCAGAAGGAGGCGAUCUAUUAUCUUGAAAAGGGGGAGUCUGUUUUUGUGGCUGCUCAUACUUCGGCAGGAAAGACUGUUGUUGCAGAAUAUGCAUUUGCUUUGGCGUCAAAACAUUGUACUAGAGCUGUCUAUACUGCCCCAAUUAAAACCAUAAGCAAUCAAAAGUACAGGGAUUUUUGUGGGAAAUUCGAUGUUGGACUUCUGACAGGCGAUGUUAGCUUGAGGCCUGAGGCUUCUUGUCUCAUUAUGACCACUGAAAUAUUAAGGUCAAUGCUCUACCGGGGCGCUGAUAUUAUACGUGAUAUUGAAUGGGUUAUCUUUGACGAGGUGCACUAUGUCAAUGAUGCUGAAAGAGGUGUCGUUUGGGAGGAAGUUAUCAUCAUGCUUCCGAGACAUAUUAAUAUUGUUCUUCUUUCAGCCACAGUACCUAACACAGUUGAGUUUGCCGACUGGAUUGGACGUACAAAGCAAAAGCAAAUCCGUGUCACUGGGACCACCAAAAGACCAGUGCCAUUGGAACACUGCGUCUUUUACUCUGGAGAAAUCUACAAGGUAUGUGAAAAUGAAAUUUUUAUGCCUCAGGGACUGAAAGUUGCUAAAGAUGCAUUCAAGAAAAAAAAUGUAGCUAGUAGCGGUACUGGAUCACAGAGUGGAGGCUCAGCUGCUUAUGACAGUAGUCGAGCUCAGAAGCGUGAAAAUUUUACUCGGGGAAACAAGAAUAAGCACUUUGGUUCCCAGGGUUCAGGAAAGUUUCCUGGAAGUGGCGGAGGGAACCAAAACAAUGGCAAUGGUUUCAACAAUUGGGGUUUAAGGAGAUCGGAUGCCUCUUUGUGUCUGUCACUUAUCAACAAGCUCUCAAAGAAAUCUCUGUUACCUGUGGUUAUAUUUUGUUUCUCGAAAAAUCGAUGUGAUAAGUCAGCUGAUAGUAUGACUGGGACUGAUCUCACUAGUAGCUCUGAGAAAAGUGAGAUUCGUAUUUUCUGUGACAAAGCAUUUUCUCGUCUCAAGGGCUCUGACAGGAAUCUACCACAGAUUGUCAGAGUUCAAAGUCUCCUCCGUAGAGGGAUUGGUGUGCAUCACGCCGGACUGUUACCCAUUGUCAAGGAAGUUGUUGAAAUGCUUUUUUGUCGUGGUGUGAUCAAGGUUUUGUUUUCAACCGAGACUUUUGCAAUGGGGGUUAAUGCCCCAGCAAGAACAGUUGUUUUUGAUACAUUAAGGAAAUUUGAUGGCAAGGAGUUUAGACAAUUACUACCUGGAGAAUACACUCAGAUGGCAGGUCGUGCAGGCAGAAGGGGGCUUGAUACAAUUGGUACAGUUGUUAUAAUGUGCCGUGAUGAAAUCCCUGAACAGAGUGAUUUAAAGCGUGUUAUAGUUGGAAGUGCAACCAAGCUGGAAUCUCAGUUUCGGCUGACCUAUAUUAUGAUCCUACAUCUCCUUCGUGUUGAAGAAUUGAAGGUAGAGGACAUGUUGAAAAGAAGUUUUGCCGAGUUUCACACUCAAAAGAAACUACCAGAAACACAGCAACUUUUGAUGCGAAAGCUUGCUCAGCCUAGAAAAGCAAUAGAAUGUAUAAAAGGUGAGCCAGCCAUUGAGGAAUAUUAUGAGAUGCACUCAGAAGCUGAGAAGUAUAAUAAGGAAAUAUCAGAGGCAGUCAUGCAAACCUCUCUUGCCCAACAUUUCCUUACUCUUGGAAGAGUGGUAGUUGUGAAAUCACAAUCACAGGCACAGGACCACUUACUUGGAGUUGUUGUGAAAAUACCAUCCACUAAUAUGAAGCAGUAUAUUGUUUUAGUACUGAAACCUGAAUUGCCAUCAAUGACGCAAACUCCCCUGGUGAGCGGUAAAUUGCAAGAUAGCAGAAGUGGUGAUCUCCAACAAGGUUAUUAUGUGAUGCCAAAAUCAAAGCGUGGUCUUGAUGAAGAGUAUUGUUCAUCUGUCACUCCUCGCAAAGGAUCGGGUGCUAUUAAAAUAAAAUUACCAUACAAUGGUGUUGCUGCCGGAACAGCUUACGAGGUUAGAGGUAUUGAUAACAAUGAGUUUUUAUGCUUAUGCAAGUGCAAAAUAAAGAUUGAUCAGGUUGGGCUUAUUGAGGAUGCUAGCAAUGCUGCUUACUCCAAGACAGUUCAACAGCUUCUGGAUACAAAAUCUGAUGGAAUUAAGUAUCCUCCCGCUCUAGAUCCAAUAAAAGACUUGCAGUUGAAAGACAUGACUCUUGUGGAAAUGUACUACAAAUGGGAAAACCUGCUGCGAAAGAUGUCAGAGAAUAAGUGUCAUGGGUGCAUAAAACUGCAGGAGCACAUUAAGUUAGCUGAAGAGAUAAAGAGACACAAAGAGGAAGUUGAUAAACUUGAAUAUCAAAUGUCGGAUGAAGCUCUACAACAAAUGCCUGAUUUUCAGGGCCGGAUUGAUGUGCUGAAGGAAAUUGGCUGUAUUGAUGCUGACCUUGUAGUUCAAAUAAAAGGCCGUGUUGCAUGUGAGAUGAAUUCAGGGGAGGAGUUAAUAUGCACGGAGUGUUUAUUUGAGAAUCAAUUGGAUGACUUAGAACCAGAAGAAGCUGUGGCACUAAUGUCCGCCUUCGUUUUUCAGCAAAGGAAUGCAUCCGAACCUUCCCUCACCCCCAAGUUGUCUCAGGCUAAACAGAGACUGUACGAUACAGCAAUAAGACUAGGCGAGCUCCAAGCUGCGUUCAAAGUUCAGAUAAACCCCGAAGAGCAUGCCAGAGAGAAUCUCAAAUUUGGCCUUGUUGAAGUGGUUUAUGAAUGGGCAAAGGGGACUCCCUUCGCAGAUAUAUGCGAGCUUACAGAUGUUCCUGAAGGCAUGAUAGUGCGGACAAUUGUCCGGCUAGAUGAAACGUGCCGCGAAUUCAAAAAUGCAGCAGCGAUCAUGGGUAAUUCAGCACUCUACAAGAAAAUGGAAACUGCUUCGAAUGCCAUAAAACGUGACAUUGUUUUCGCAGCUAGCUUAUAUGUCACCGGAGUCUGACUUAGUCAUAACUUGAAGGUAUGUUAAUGCCCAGAAUACUGAAGGAUGUCGAGAUUGUAAUCUUUCUUGUGUACAUUAGUUAUUGUUUUCCAGAGCAUGGUAAUACGUACUAUAGUUAUUUGAUUAGGCGUCGGAUAAGCAUACAUGAUGAUGUUGAUCAAUGGUGACAAAUAUUGAAUGUACGAUUUUUCACAUUUCAGCAGAGAAGCCAAAAACAACUAGUUAAGUCAUUGACGUACGGACGAAGUCAUUGAUGUAUUUUUAAAUGUCAAUCCUCCAUGUAGAAGUAAAAUAAUUUAAUUAAUCUUUCAAGUCCAGAGCAAUUAGCAAG